UCAACUUACAUGUUGCACAAAAAAAAUCGAGUUGCUAAUAAAUUCAACUCUUCUUAAAUUCUUUGGAUGAAACCUGCUUGAUUGUAUUGUCAUCAAAAAUGGCAGAAAUUGUGAUUAGUUACAGAACGCAUUUGAUAAUCCUUGCUACUUUUCUUCUUGUUCUUCUUACUCUGUAUAUUUCUCCUUACAAUCACCAUUCCAUUAUCAACACUGAUUUCUUCUCUUCUUCGUCUUGGUCUUCCAUUUUGCAUGUACGACCAUAUACUUCGUCUAAACCUUCUCUUCUGUUAGCUACAAGCAGUACUACUAGUAACGAUGAUAAUGGAAUACUCUCGGCUACCUCCGUUGUUGAUGGAACACAUAGUGCAAUUCAUAUCAGAGAGAAACUUGCAGGUGCCGGAAAAAUUGAAGAUGACCUUGCAAGAGCUAGAGAUUCCAUUAGAAAAGCAAUUCUCACACGUAAUUACACGUCUAACAAAGCUGAAGAUUUCAUUCCGACCGGAACAGUUUACAGGAAUUCAUAUGCCUUUCAUCAGAGUCACAUUGAGAUGGAAAAAACAUUUAAAAUUUGGACUUACAAAGAAGGGGAAUCACCUUUGGUGCAUGAAGGGCCUCUUAGUUUGCUCUAUGCCAUUGAAGGCCACUUUAUUGAAGAAAUGGAAAGCAAGAAAAACCCAUUUGCAGCACAAAUCCCUGAAGAAGCUCAUGCAUUCUUCCUUCCUUUCAGUGUAACAAAGAUGAGAACGUAUUUUUACAUGCCCUUAUAUAAUUCAUAUUCUUUUGAUCCCAUUCAGCAUUUCGUUACAGAUUAUGUUCGUGUCAUAUCUGAGAAACACCAUUAUUGGAACAGAAGCAAUGGGGGUGAUCAUUUUAUGGUUUCUUGUCAUGAUUGGGCACCUUGUAUAAGCGAUAAAAAUCCCAAACUCUUCAAGAAUUUCAUUAGGGUUCUCUGCAAUGCUAAUUCAUCCGAGGGAUUCAAACCAGGACGAGAUGUGUCCCUUCCAGAAUUUAAAGUCGAGGGAAAAGGUCUAUCAACCUCAACGCAAUUGCGUGCACCUGGUACUAAUCGUUCCAUUCUUGGCUUCUUUGCUGGUGGGGGUCAUAGACACAUAAGGAAGAUACUACUUAGGCAUUGGAAAAACAAAGACAAUGAACUACAAGUUCAUGAGUAUCUUCCUAAAGGACAAGAUUAUGGUGGAUUCAUGGCUCAAAGCAAAUUUUGUUUGUGCCCAAGCGGAUACGAAGUUGCGAGUCCUAGACUUGUUGAGGCAAUCCAUGCCGCAUGUGUUCCCGUAAUUAUGUCGGAACAUUAUGUUCUACCGUUUAGUGAUGUACUUGAUUGGAGCAAGUUUUCCAUACAAAUUACGGUGGAAGAUAUACCUCAACUUAAAAAAAUAUUACAAGCUAUAACAAAUGAGGAAUACCUGAAAUUGCAGAAGGGGGUCAUACAAGUUCAACGACAUUUUACUCUUAACCGUCCGGCGCAAAGGUUCGAUAUUAUUCAUAUGAUACUACAUUCUGUUUGGCUAAGGAGAAUAAAUUUUCAUCUACCAUCUUGAAAUAAGAUUGUUAAUAGCUUUCAAACUUUAACUUUUACUCAUGAAAACCAUAACCUUUACUCAUGAAAACCAAAUGGUACGAGACGUGCAAAACGUGUAAGUGGUCUGUAAGUCAGAUAAUUGUAAUAUACAAGUUCCUUUUUCA